AUGGCCGCUCCUCCUAAGCCCUGGGAACGUCAAACGCAAGUAUCAGCAGCAGCAGCAGCACCGACCGUAACCGCCACCGCCCCUUCCAUGCCAGCUGAGACACGCCCUUCAGUCGACUCGGCACCAUCACUCCCUACGCGCCCGUCAUCCAUCACCAAUCCAUUACCCACAGUCGCAGGAUCAUCAGCACUCGCUCAGCCUUUUGUAUCCAGCUAUUCACAACCUUACUCCGCGUAUGGUAACACAUUCGGCGCACCCUAUUCUUCACCUUACUCAUCAUUUGGGUCACCUUACUCGCGCUUUGGCUCCUAUGGAGGAUACGGUGGUUAUGGAGGGGGAUACGGGGGAUACAGCAGCCCCUACAACCCUCUUAUGCCAGGGCAGCCAGGAUACGAUCCAAACAACCCGUCAUUGACUCAACGGAUGGAGGCAUCAACCUCCCAAACCUUCCAACUCCUCUCCUCCCUCGUCCAAACCUUUGGCUCCUUCGCUCAGAUGCUUGAGUCUACGUAUAUGGCAACUCAUUCCAGCUUCUUCGCGAUGAUCGGCGUGGCAGAUCAAUUUGCAACUCUUCGCAAGUAUCUAGGAGAGGUAUUGGGCGUAUUCAGCUUGCUGGCUUGGUUGAGAGGCUGGUGGAGAGGCGAACGCACCGCGACCUCCCUUUCCCGCGAUUUUCACGCAUUCCUUCAAGGAGCGAAAGGACCGGAUGGUCGACCACUUCCCAGACCCAGUCGCAAACCCCUCAUCAUCUUCCUCCUUGCUGCAUUCGGAUUGCCUUACAUGAUGCACAAGCUCAUUAACCUGCUGUCCAAGAGGCAGCCUCUUCCGCCAAUCGCGGACCCGCAAAAUGCCCUUGCAAACGGGCAAGAGAUCCUCGACCCAUCCAGCCUCACUUUUGCUCGUUCACUGUACCCCUUCGAUACCACCGAUCCUGUUGAGUUACCUCUGAAGAAGAACGAGAUCGUCGCCGUGCUGAGCAAGUUGGAUCCUGUAACUGGCGUGGAAGGAGAGUGGUGGAGAGGCAGGACGAGGGAUGGGAGAACGGGUUGGUUCCCACGGAAGUGGGUUGAGAUUAUCAAGAAGGGCACUGAUGAGCCCGCCACACCCAAGUUGAUUGCUUGACACUUCGUGUCCGUCGUUUUGGUUGCGCUCCU